AUGUCAUUGAGGGAGCAGAUCAUUACUUCACCCAUGGAGGCUUUACAGUACAUAAAGAGAGCAGAGGCUAAUAGAUAUUUGUUAACAAACAACUACGAUAUUCACCACAGUAGAGCUCACACGUUCAUUCAGCUCGCUGUUGAAAAGAGAGAAAAGCACACUCUAUCAGCCAAAGCAGCAUCUGUUAGUAAUGUCAGUGUCAUCAGCAGUACAAGCAGCAGCACAAGUAGCUCUUCUCGUAGAACAAGAGUGCCUCAAAAGAAGCGAAACAGUGUUCAGAUAUCAUACUUGUACCUGAUUGAUAUGGCAAGUAACGAUAAAUCGAUAUUUCAAACACUUAAAAGCCCCAUCAACAAAAGCUGUCUAGCAUUUGAAGCGGUGGUAUACAACCUAUCUGAAGCAGGAAAGAGUGCAGGACAUCCACUGCCACCUUAUCAUGACUCUAAACUCACGCGACUGCUACAGCCAACAUUCAUGGGACAACAUCAUGUCGUCUCGAUAUGUACUGUGGACAUGGAAUCUGCUUCUCAGGAUGAGAUACCGACAUUGGACAUAUUAAGCUUUGCGUCGCGUAUCAAGCGUAUCCCAGUAUCUCCUAAAACGUGCGAGAUCUCUGAUGAACGGUCUCUUUUAAUCAAAUACGUGAACAACAUUGCUUUUCUUACGUUAAAACUAGAAAAAUUGGAUCGGGAUCAAGCUGAAUCAUCGACAGAUCUAUCAAGCAUACGAUCUGUGCUCCAGCAGCGCUUGUACAAUGCCUCGCGGUUUAUUUUGUCCUCUCAAUCUGUUAUUUUGAGUCAUACGUCGCUCGUGGAAGAUGAACACGAGGACCCUUGGAGAGUCAUUUCACAGUUACGACAAGAGUUCGAUACAUUGGCAGCUGAUAAAGACACUCAAUUGGGCCAGCUCAAGUCUGUCAUGGAGGAAACAAGAAGCUUGCCUGAUGAAAUUGCUCAACUAGAAGCAGAAUUAAACAUCACAAGAGCAGAACUCCAGGUGACGCAGCUACUAGUAAACGAGGCAUCCUCUUCGAGUAAUUUACGUUAUGCAAAAUAA